CAGGCCUAUGAACUUAUGUUGUGGAUUGUGGGCAGAUUCAUAUUAUUAACAAACGCAUAGUUUUGGAGUUUUCUUUGAUUCUCUAAAAGAAAUCGUCAACACUGACAGAUGCCAUGAAAAUCACCAUGUAUUGUUCAUAGAUGCACAAUUCCAUUUUUAAAUUUUGCAGUAGCCUUUUUGAAAUCACAUUUCUUGUCAUAAAGAAGCAGAUGAACUGCACAAUGCAAUUCAUUUAGGUGUUUAUGGAAGCGAUUUGAAGAUACUAUAGACGUAUGCAUAUACACAUAUCUUGUAAUCUUGUUUUAGCUCUCCUGUUGGCUUACUUCUGGUUUAUUUUCCUAUGAUGGCUACCUGAUUUAUUCAGGUACUGGAAGGUUUAGACCCUGUUAGGAAAAGACCAGGAAUGUAUAUUGGAAGCACCGGACCUCGUGGUUUGCACCAUUUGGUUUAUGAAAUAUUAGAUAAUGCUGUUGAUGAGGCACAAGCAGGUUUUGCUUCAAAGAUAGAUGUCGUCUUACAUGCGGACAAUUCAGUGAGCAUUACUGACAAUGGGCGUGGGAUUCCAACGGACUUGCACCCAGUGACCAAAAAAUCGGCUUUGGAGACUGUGUUGACGGUAUUAUUGCAUAAUGCACAAACUGCACUUUAAAUUUUCUAGUAUGGUUUAGACUGGUGGUCAUCUGGUCAACAUUCCAAUCCCAUGUUUUUCCAGUUUAAUUCUUAUUUUCUAUAUGUUUGUACAAAACUCAUACUAGGCAUGCCAAUUAUGUGAAACAAGGGAAAGGACAAGCUUUAUUUGUUUAUUUCAACCCAAUGCGACUCACUUUAGGUCUAGUGGGGGCAGUUGCCCCCAUUUGAGUUUAUAUUUGUCAACCACUGUAACUAUUAUAUUACACAUUUAAAAUUGAUUUAAGUUCAGGCGAUUUGCCCCUACUCACCAUGUUUUUUGAUUGAUAGGCCACACUUUUGCUUGUUUAUGGUUCUGCUCAAAUGAUUUUUGUCUCUAUUUUUUAAUUUUCCCCAUCUUUCUAUAUUUUUUUCAGUCUCUUUUUGAUUUCUAAUCAUAUUGCUUCUCUUUUUCAAUAUGGCACAUGCAUGUUUGAUGUUGACCUAAUAAGCAUGUACAUGGCUACGUGACACGAUACAGACACACCAAAGCAACAAAUUUUAAAAAAUGUAGAACAUGAGACAUGGGGG